AUGGCGCAAAACAUGCGCUUGUUGAUGACGAGAAGCUGCGGUGCCUCCUGUUUCUCGACGCAGAAUCCGCAGCGCUCUUUUUCCUGCAAAUCGGAGCCAGCGAAGGCUUCGACCCAGGCGUCGCGGCUGCGGCUCCGUGCCAAGCAGAUCGGCCACAUCGAAAGCUUUCCGUUGGUCUAACUGCUCCACACCGGGCUACUUUUAAUGCAGGGAGAUAUAUCCCGACUUCCUCCAAUCACCCGUUUGGAACCGACGGAUCGCUCUGAAGGAGGAACUAGAGAGACGUGACAUGCUCGAUCGCCGUAUGAACAUCGACAUCCCUGAGUUUUAUGUUGGUGGGUUUCGCCAAGGCGAGAGUCUCUUCCAAAUGAGCUGUCGUAGGAUCUAUCGUCGCGGUUACCAGCAGUGAUCCGAAUUUGGGGAGCAAAGAGCACCGAUUCGUCGGAAUCUGCAUACGGCGCGAAAAAGAAGGCCUCCAUCAUCAAUUCACAUUGCGAAAUACCAUUGAAGGGAUAGGUUUGAAUUUUUUUUGUAUUUUUUCUUUUCUUUUUUUUCUUGAACCGUGUGGUUUUUCAAUCCUAUUCUAUGUUUAAUGAGAUGCUAAACCUGCUAUGAAGUUUCACAUGUUUUGGGAAAAAAAAACGAAAAUAUUGUUAUAGAGUCGAGUUCUGCUUCUUUUUUUCUUAUCUAGAGUUCAACUUUCCGAGCUCGCUGUUUUCUGGCAAAAAAAAUCGUUUUUCGUUUUUUUUUUUCUUCUGUAUAACCGUUAUCAUUAAGCUAUCUAAUUAGUUUUGUACACCUGCUAUACUGUUUUACCAUUUAAAAAAAUGUGUUAUCGAAAAGAAAAUCCUCAUCGGGAAAAAAAAUUUAAGGUGUUGAGAUUAUGUAUGAUCUCUAUAAUCCGACGAUCAAAAAAAUCGAGACUCUGAAGUUGGAGAAAAGGUUGGACACCGACCUGAGCUACCUGGUGGACUCUUUGCCCGAGUACAGCACUUUCGAUUUCCACAUGGAGCCGCUGGCUCAUCCCGCCGGAACGCCUAUUCCAGUCAACGAGACUAAGGUGCUCUCUACCAUCAUUUCGUUUUUCAAAUUUCAAAAAGAUCCUUUAGGAUCAAAUUAGUAGUAUAUAAACCAAGAUCCUGUCCGUUCUGUGUUUAUUUUCGACAUUUCGAGACUGGGAUUUUCGCAAAUAGACACAUUCAAGAUAAUCAUUUAGACUCUGAGGAUCGUUGAUCAGCGCAUCAGAGAAUGAAUGAACAGUCAAAUAAUUUAAUAAUUGUAAAGGGGAAAAAUGAAAAAGCAAACUUUUAGAGGUUCAUACUUUUUUAUUUUUCAUUUCUUGUCUACUCGGAAAUACCUUUUUAAAACUCCGGUUAUGUUCAAAAAUAUCUGAUGACAGGAAGACCCCAAUAUAUGAGAUGUUUUAUUUCAUAAUAAUCUUCACAUCAAAAGCAAAAUAGAUCGUAUGAGAAAAAAAGACGGAUAAAUACAUUUCUUCCAUGAAUGAGUUACCAUUAAGAAAAAAAAAUUUUUUGUCGACUGCACUCUUUUUCACCUUUCGCUGAGUUUCCAGGUGAGGCUGAAGAAUCCUCCAUGGACGCGUAGAUGGGAGCUUCUCGGGUGCAAAGGAAUCGAGGAUGCAUGGACACAGGCGACGCCUUGGUUCAAACGCAAGCUCCACAAAACAAAGGUACCUUCUUCUUGAGAAGUCCUGGGCUACCGAAUCGAUAAAUAUUCACAAACACGGAUUGACUUUCUGGUUAAGUACAGUAAUUAUAAUAGAAGCUCAUUUCUGGUUAUAGUUUUUUAAAUUCUUGUUUUGAUGAUCGUCCUGAUUUUUCAAUCUGUUCUCUGAAAACGCUUUUUUUAGUUUCAACACAAUUGUUUGCAAGUUCAGAUGAAUGACUACGAGAAAUAUGAUCUCAUCGCUACUUAUAGAACUGAAUCUACUUUGGAGCACGAGUUGAAGGUGCAGGAAGAAAUGCAAAAGUUCGUUUUCAUUUGGAUGAAACAAAUCGAAUUCGUCUGAGACAAUUAUUCAGUCUUCAGAGAAGGUUCUCUGCUAAAUUAUAGAAUAAUUGAAGAGUUGUUUGACGGUUUGCGAAACUGUCGUUGAUGAAGUACGGCGCGAAGAGCAUCUCGCCUUUCUCGUGAUAGUAGUAGACGAUUUCGGAGCUUUCCGAAGCGGCUUACCCAUGUAGGAAAAUUGCAGCGCCAAGCUUGUCCAGGGCUGGCGGGCGUCGCAUUAUAUCUCAGGCGAGAAGACUGUCCACUCAGAACGUAGAAAUGAGAUAUUUGUUGAAUAUGUAGAAUAGUAGUUACAUGAAAGAUAAAAACUACUAUAUGAAGGUCUGGUCUCACAGACUUGACCGCGAACGACGCCUCUCCCAUUCUUUAUACGACGUUUAAAUAUAAGACUCAUACUUAAAAAAAUAUUAAUCGAUAAUUAUUUCGAUCUUUUUAUUUUCAGGCCAAUCAGCAAGUUUCAUAGGAUGUUUAUAUUUUUCGAGAUUUCUCUAUCUAGAGCAUAUUUUUUUCUUUCAGAUUCGAAAAAAAGAACGUCACGCAGCCGGGUUAACGAGGAGAAGAAUAUUACGAAGUGCAGCUGCAGCCAAAUAAUCUUUUUUCUCGAAAAAAACAUUGUCAUGAAAAAAAUUAGGAGUUUGAAAGAUUCUGUUGAUUUUUUUAUCUUGUUUUUUUCAAUUAUAGUUUUUUUAUAAUAAAAAAAUUAUCAAAAAAAUGUCUUAUUAUUCACUUGCGUAAAGCGUGUUGCGCCAAAUUAUGAUAUUUAUUAUUUUACCUUUUCAUUAUCUGUUGGCUAUUAAGUUCAAGGUUGUAGGAUUUGGCCUUGAGAGUUCAUAGAUGGGAGGAAGCGGUCCUAGUAGAUGGAUGCUGGAGCGUCAAUAAAUGUUUCAUUUCUGAUUUAUACGGGUAUUUCAACGUCAUGGGGCCGGAGGCGGAAGCCGAUCCCGAUGCGAAGUUUGAGGAUUCACCGGAGAGCGGUCUUAACGGCGGCACAGCUGUAGAAUCUCGCAAACGACGUGGAGGGCCUCAAAAACUUGUCAGGCCGAAGAUCCCAAAUCUCCAGACUGUAUGCUUGUCCAUUAUCAAAGAAAGGAAAGUUUUUCGCAGAUUUUGCAGUCGUCAGAGGCAGUGGUACAGCAGACGACGGAAGAGGCACCAUCUUCGGAACCGAUCAGAAAAGCAGGAAAGUCGCGCCAGCGUACAACCAGCGAGUUCGUCGAGUUUCUAGUAGGUCUCUCUUGCCGACCAGCAACAAUCCUUUCAGAAGUCCCACUCUCAGCGGAACUUCUCUCGACCAUCCACGCCUACGCUUCUAAACAGAAGUCAUCGACGACGCAAGUUGGUUAUUAUUGAGUUUUUCGGACAGUUAUGAAACGCUUCUCAUAGCGGAUCGUUUCAAUUACGCUUCUUUUACAUUUGAAGCUUUUAUGAAGGGAGAGCCUCGCAAAAAUACCAAUUUGGGCUGAAGAAAAUAUACUGAAACUUUUUGACACAUCGAGAAAAAGUCAAGGUGACAGAAAUGGCUCAAAAUCGCGAGAAUUAUGUUUCAAAGUUGAUUUUUUGUUUGAGGAAUUCCGAUUUAAGGAAGCACACAACCAGAAACAGAAAAAAGACCUUUAAUUUUUUUUAAAAAGGGUAAAAAUUCACUGAGAGAUUUCAAGCCUCCGCAUUUUAUUUCUGACAGAAAUUUUGGAUAACCCAUGAGGCCUAGCAAACUUGUUUCCGAGUAAUUUCUCUUUUGCGAAACUGCGAUUCAGCCCUCGCUUGGGAUAAAUGACAUCAUUCUCAUAAGAAUAUCUUUUUAAUUUGAUUAAUCGAAGGUUUCAGCUUAUCGCUGUCCGACGUCGGAGCCCCACGGCCGCGGGGUCUUCUCGGCAGUUUCACUGAAAGCGCUCUGAACGACCGUCUUGAACCCGUUCUCCAACUUGACGGCUUCAUUUUGCAACUGAGUCCGAUUUUCUUGUUCUUUUUCUUUUAAGUCCAAGAAAAAGUUCACAGAUUCUCUUUUAUAUUCAUAAUAUUUAAAAAAAAAAUAGUUGGUCGCGGUCUAAUAAUAAGGUCAUUGAAUUUUCGCUUUGUUAACUGAAAGUUUUAAAAUUAAAAAAAAAAUAUCCUCGUGUUUGAAAUCGGCAAUUUGCUUCUUACUAAUUAAAAUAGAGGCUGUGUAGAGCUUUAGAAGAAGAGAGACUUGACCGAUAGUUCAUGUUUUUUGAGAAGUCUUAAAUGAACAGUUUCAGCAGCGUCUGGGCCGGCGUUCAGUUCUCCACACACGACUCUUCCGGUGCGUGUUUUCUUUUUUGACCUCAACACUACGGGAGAUGGAGUGUUCCCCUCUGCGCCAGUGCCUUUUUUAGUUGGUUCGCUUUUAAUUUUAGGGAAAAACCCCGGUAAUUUAGGGUAAAUGCUCUCUGGAAUCGUUCGGCACGCAUGGUUACCGUGUGCCGCGGAAAGGCAACAUCCAGGCGACGUUAUUUAAUCCUCAAAAUACAGUCGUCAAGGUACUUUUUCUGUGUUUCCAUAAUAUUGGGAUUUACUUGAAGAUGUUUCUCACGAAUUACGACGUGGAAGACAUGCCCUCUCAUGCUAGGACCUUCAUCAGACACGUUUGGCGUUGGGAAGUUGCCGCCAAAACAGACAAUCACAACACCAACCACUUGGCCCAUCUCAUUCAUUUCAGGUUCACCGCUACUUUUUAAAAAAAAAUUUUUUUAAACAAGAAUUUUUCAUGCAAUUAGAAAAAUCUCAAGUCGAAUUUGGCGGUUAGGUCAGAAUUUUUUUCAAAACAGCUUUUUUUAAUUUAAAAAAAGCUUUUUAAAAAAAUUAAACAUCUUUUUCAGAUUGCUCACAGACCGCAAAGGACGGGUUUACCUGCACACGGAUGUUCGUGUUCUUUUCUCCCAAAACGCGACUCGCGAGGCCCUGCAGCUGCCGACCGCUGCGCAGCUCAAUGAACUCAGUUCUGUCGAUGGCAAGUCCAGCGAAGGCUAUCAACUCCGAGAUCAUGUCGAAUUCCCCACACAACCCCGAUAUUCUCCUAUCAAAUAG